AUGGCAUCCGCCUCAAUGCCGCGCGCCCUCGUGCGCAUCUCCUCCGCGCGCCCUCUCCGCACAUCCGCCGCGCUCUUUCCCACGAGCGCAGCAGCAGCAGCCCAGCGGCUCCUCCUCCGCCGCACCUACGCCGCCGCCAGCAAAAAGGACGACUCCAAGCCGCGCGUGCUCGAGAAGCCGGACAAGUUCCGGCCCCCGUCGCACGCCGCCCGGCUGCCCUCGAACCGCAAGAAGCCGCAGUACACGUACGGCCCGCGGCUGACCGAGGAGGAGCUGGCGCAACAGAAGCGCAAGAAGUACCCGAACAUGAUGCCGCCCGAGGGCACCCCCAUGUACUAUUUCCUGACGAACCGGAUGCUGCACGUCUACAUUUCGCUGGCCGUCCUCUUCUCCCUCGCCUUCUACGUCUUCCUCGCCAACUUCCUCACCACCACGCCCUACCGCGACCUCCUCCCCGACCGCUCCGACCUCGUCGCCCACCCCUUCCGCUCGCUGCGCCAGUUCCUCGCCGUCUACCGCAUGCACGCCGACCACGUCUCGCACGAGACGGCCGAGAAGCGCAAGCGCAAGGUCGAGGACGUCGACAAGCGCGCCGAGUACCGCCGCGCCCACGGCCUGGACGCCGCCGAGGACACGGGCCUGCUGCGGGGAUGGCUGGCGGAGCCGCACGAGAAGAGGACGGAGGAGGUGGUGGUGGUGGGGGCGGAUGGGGAGGGGCGCGGGCAGGAGCAGGAGCGGGAGCAGAGCCCCGUGGCGAAGGAGGAGCAGGAGGGGUUUAGGGAUUUUGAGGGGAGGCAGCAGCGGGAGCGGAGGCCGGUGAAGAAGUGGUUAGGUAUUUGGUGA